ACAAAGAGCAAAACCCUAACAGAGAGAGAGAGUCCAAAUCCCUCUAAGAAAUGAACCCGAUAGCCAGGUGUGCGUCUUCCAUCUUGAGGCUCCCGAGUCAGAGCGUCAACUCACUGAGUCGGGACCUUCUUGCUUAUCAGAUUCAACAAUCGCGGGGGAUUCGGGUGAAGGUACUGAAUGGGAACUUGGAGCAGGCUUUAGGAUUGAUGCAGAGGAAGAUGCAAUCAAGCGGGAUCGAACGGUUGAUAAAGCGCGAGCAGCUUCAUCACAUCAAGAAUUCGGAGAAGCGCGUUUUGGCACGCAAAAGUCUCCAGCGCAGGCUUCAAUCCCAAGAAUUUUGUCGUAAGCUCAAAUCCCUCCUCAUCAAGAAAGUCAGGGGUCUAUGAGAGCAGCUUUGGCAUAUCUUUGCAAUGUUCUCUGGGUUCUAGCAACACCGAGGGGUUUCUUGCAGCUUUCAUUUUACUUGUUCAUUUGGGAGCUGUAGUGACUUUGUAAUCAAUAUGCUGCUUACUUUGCUUUUGGUGGAAUUUUGAUGAAUUUCAUGUCUUCUGGAACUCCAUUCAUCACAGAGCACUGUGACCUGCAACAUGAAGUGAUGAACUCGUAUUAAACAGAGUUCGCUUACCAUUCGAGCUUAUCAAAAUUAUUAUUGGACUUUGUUGUUCCACAUGUUGAAUUGGAAAAUAAUCUUUGAUUUGUUGACCA